AUGAGCGAAUUUGACGAUCCAGCAAACAAUACAGAAGAAUGGGAAAAUUUACUCAUAAACAAUCAAAUAACACCAGAAAUGCGACGGAUCCUCGAAUGCACUGAUCGAAGGAUGAAUGGCAUGUGUCGUUGUAUUCAGAAAAGUAUCUUGGGAACAGAAAAGAGCGCCAUCAAGAGGACGCAGCAGCUUCAUGAAAUUAUCGGAAUCACGAGCGAAGCGCGACGGCUGAAAAACGUCCGACAAGAAGAGGGCGAAAUCGAAAAUGGCCGCCGCUAUUCAAGGGCUUACAUCGCCUUUGUCGAGGAGAGCAAGGACAAAUUGGGAAGUACGGGUAUGCGGUUUUGUAAAAAGGCGAUUGUCAAGAUUCUGCGCUGCUCGUUGAACUUUUUGUACACGCGAAAUACGGCUCCAAAGGCGAGGCGGGCUCUUCAUUCCGUCGAAAAACUGAGCGAAUUGAAAUGUUGCGCUAAGAAUUGCAUCCGACUUCUGCUAAGUCGAUAUCCCGAUGUCCUGGAAGACUUUCGUCAAAGAUCACUUGGUUCUUCAAAAGAGCGACGGGAGCUGUAUUAUGAUAUGCGAGACCAUGCAAGUCAGCCAUGCGACAACGCGAUACGAGAAAUCGUCCAACUCAGCAAGGCGACAAUCAAUAAUCUAAGAGCAAAGUCUCGACACGAAGGAGUUCCUCAUGGCGCGCACGGGAAAAAGAAACAUCAUGCCAUGGUCGGAUCGACAGGAGAACUCAUGUCUCCAGCAACACCGCUAACACCAGCGACGCCACUUGCACCGGCGCUGACUCUGACUCCUUGCACCCCGACAACUCCAUCCACACCUGCUGUUUUUUCAAACACACUUGUUGACAACUUCAAGCGACCGGCAACUCAUCCUCCUCUUUCUCCAAAGAUCCGCGCAACACAUUUUUCCUUCGAGCGGCCAAGCCUUUUCAUCCCCCAACAUAGCCCAGCUCCUCUGUCUCCAACUUCGCCGCUCGCUUUUUUCAGCCAGCUCAGCCCUUCACCCUUCCUUGGCCACCACGAAUCGCUCUAUCUCCAGCAACAUCUCCAUAAUACCGCGUCUUUCUCUGCUAGAGACCGUUUGGACUCGAUCAAAGCUGAACCGGGAGACGAUAUUAAAGAAGAUCACCUAGAAAAAAUACAAGAAGAUGGGGAAAAAGAUCAAGAAAGAAGAUGCUCAAGUUCAGAUCAUGGAUCGCUGAAAUCACCGAAGUUUUUCGCCCAGCUUACAACACCUCCGUAUAUUGAUAUCAAGAAAGAACAAAAAUCCCCGCCGUCCCCGCCAGUUCCAACAAUCAAAAUCCAGCCUCCACCCGUUCUCACUCCCAAAAGAAGCAAGAAGUCCCGCCCAGUUCCAGGGCUAGAUCUAAUUAGCCCGAAAAAAUCUUUAAACGUCCCGUUGGAAGAUUCCAUGACGCAGACUCCAACCAUGGUGCCAAGAACUCCAAGCAAGCUUAGAGACCAAUUCGGCCCCAUAACCCCCAAAGGAGUGUCCGACUCGUCCGUUUUCUUCCCGAGCCAUUGA